AUGACCAGCGGCGCUUGGAUGCAGCCACGAGAACAUGAGGCCGCCGCACUAGCCGCCCGCCUGGGCCAGCCGGAGAAGCCGUGCGCCGACUCGGAGCGGGCGCAGAGAUGGCGCUUGUCGCUGGGCUCACUGCUCUUCUUCGCCGUCCUCCUUUCCGACCGCCUGUGGCUCUGCGGCGCCGCCGCCGGAACGCGGCUCCGAGCUGAGUCCAGGAGCUCGGGCAUGGCGGCGCCCGGGGCAGCCCUGGGCUCCCUGGCCGCCUUCGCCGCCGUGCCUCUCCGGCUGUCCGCGGCCGCCGCCGCCGCCGCCGCCGCCGCCGCCGCCUCCUCUCCCCAGCUGGACUUCCUGGAGGGACACUUUCGGACCUUCCGCCUCCCCUUUUGUGACGCUUACACGGCCUGGGACCUGCUGCUCGGCAUGGCCGGCCCGGAAAGCUUGGACUGCAGCUUGUCGAACCUGCUGAUGGAUUUCCUGUCGGCCGCUGCGGGAGCCCAGCGCGGGGAGGCCUGCAGCAGCUGCCUGGAGGCCUAUCAAAGGCUGGACCAACACGCUCAGGAAAAAUACGAGGAGUUCGAGCUUUUGCUGGAGAAAUACCUGCAGGCCGAGGAUUAUUCUGUGCGCUCCUGCAUCAGAGACUGCAAGUUUGUGUUGCCCGACAACGAUGAGUUGGUCUAUGGAGGGCUGCCUGGCUUCCUCUGCACGGGGUUGUUGGAGAACCAGCUGCCUGACCAAGAAGCGAAAUGCUGUGACGUCCAGUGGGACUCCUGUGAUCCCCAACCGGAGCGCAGCUACAACACCUCCACCAAAUCCACCGAGUCGGAGUCAUUCCACAGCCCCCGCCAUGAAGCCCCCCAUCACCAGCAAGAACAGCAGCAGCAGCAGCAGCAGCAGCAGAGGAAGAAGAAGGAGCAGCAGCAGCAGGAAGAGAAGCAGCACUAUCACCUGUAUUACCAUCACCACCAGUACCCUCCCCCGUCUCUGCUGCCGGUCUCUGCAGGGUCCCGCCUCAGCCACAGCAAAAUCCGGCUCUGUGUCCUAGUCCUUAUGCUCCUGCACACCAUGGUCUCCUUCUCCGGGGUGCACAACAGUGACGCCUUGAGCCUGGAGGUCCUUCCCGCCGUGGAGGAGAGCAUCGCCAGAGACGAGUGACCGAGCGCGAGGGCAGCUCCUCAGGCAAAAAGAAAGGGCGGGAAAGGCGCCUGUGGGGAAGGGGAGGGGGCAUUCCUUAUACCUCUCUUGGGGGCACCAGUUGGGUGACAUGCCAUGCACAGGCCCACCCCCAUGUGGAAACCCCCCACUAAGAGCAACUCCCCCUCGCAGGGCCGCCCUGGGAUGCCCAGGGGGCCUGUGUGGAAACACGGCCUCUAGGAGGGCUCCAUGAGCUCCUGGCAUGAAGCUGCAGAAGCCAGGCAAGGAAGGGGCAGAAGGGAAGGGGGGAGCAGGUGGCCUCCUGAAAAGGCCAGUGCCAGGCCCCGGGGAGUGACCCCUGCUGCUUCUGCCUCCACGUAUCCUGGGUAAAGUUCCUUGCUGGGAUGUUUCCCCUCUGGAGGGAGUAACUGGCCUGUGGCAGUGACCGAAGUAGCCUGCCCAAGAUCCAAGUCCUGCGCGAGGCCCAUCCCAGGCAACCCAGGGGUUGAUGACAGGGUUCCUCCCUCCCCUGUUUCUUAGACCUCUCUGGCCCCUCCCCCCCUGACCAAGAGCUGCAAGAAGUGCUGAAGGGACCUUCCCAGGCUUCCUGUUGAGCCAGGGCCCAGGAGGAGGCAGCAGCAGCAGCAGCAGCAGCAUCUAGUGGAGUCUGGAGUUCCACGUUCCCAGAAGGGCUGAAUUCCUUCACUGUCUGCCUCUCAUCUCUGUCAGAUGUCCUCAAACACAUGAAACACUGUAUUUGCCUGAAAGAAAGGCGAGGCUUUUCUCCAAAGGGAUUACUUUCAAAAUUGGAGGGUCGUCUUAGAUUCGUUGAAAAUGUGCCAAUAGAAGCCAUUUCUUUUCUGUUCUUUUUCAUUGAGUUAGUUUUGCAGGAAAAGGGGGCUUAUCUGCCAUGCGGGCUCAGGAAUUCUGGGAGCUGAAGCCCACCAGUCAUAAAAGGGCCAUGGUUCCCCACCCGUACUCUAAGAGGUAGACAUGCUGUCUUUCGCACAAUGGUAGGAAGUUAGAAAUGCCUGCUGUCUCCCUGUUUCUAGCACCCACUCAAGAAGAUUAUAGUUGACCUGAGAUGCUAACAAAUUCUACAAAUGUCCAAGCAAACACCUCUAAAUAGGCCCACGAUCUAUUUCCUCUAAGAAAUACCAGCCCAGUACUCUUUGGGGGAGGCAAUUGAUAGGCUUGUCUUGGCUCUUCAUAUAAUCUUAUUAAUUGACUCAAGCCAAGUCCCUGCAACCAGUUCCUGAUUCUUUACAGAAAUUGAAGUCAUGUCCUUAUUUUUGGCUCAAUUAAUCCUCUACCAAAACACUACUGGGUUUGGGUCCACAUUCAUUCCUCAAUUUGAAUUUGCCCAUGCUCUCUCUGCCCGCAUGGGCCCAUGGGAAAAAUGGUUCUAUGCAGACCCAAUGCAGGCAGGCUGUUUCUGAUACCCAAACAUUCUCUAUCUGAAAGUUAAAUUUUCAUUCAAGGAAAAAGGGAGAUGCUUAAGAGAUUCUUGACAUGGAAGUAUCUCUCUGUCUCUUUCUGGCUUUUUAAUCUUAUAUUAAAAAAAAAAACAUUUUUGUCUCAAACCUCCCAUGAAGGCCCUCACACUCAGAAAUGUGGAUAGUAUCAAAAAGACUAUUCUCCAUCAGCAGCUGGUGUGUUACAUAUCACCUCUGAGGACAAAGAAUUAGUGACAACAAUGAGGGGUAUAAACACGAGAGAGAAAAGUGAGCAGCACUGAAUAUGUGAUUUGUACCAAUAGAAGAGAAUAUUUGCAGCUAAGGAUUGGGCUGCGGGGUCCUUGGUGCUCUCUGAGCUUGGUGGCU